CAAAUAUGUGGAUAUGGCCGGUAAAGAGGAAUAUCCGUUGAGUGAAAGGAAGACCGGUAUCCAUCAAGAGGAAGAAAGUGUUGGGUUGCUGAAAGAGGAACAUCGUGAGCAUGGCAACGAUUCGGAAGACGACGACCUCGUGGACUGGGAAAUCCCUCACAAAUCACCGCCGCGCCUGUCGCCAUCGUGGAAUUGGUUCAAAGUCCUCGUCAUUGCUGUUCCAGUUGCGUGGCUAAUAGGAUUUGUCGCACAUACCUUUCUCAUCCCACUGAAAAGUGAGAUGCACGAGACAGCACAACUUCGCGCCGAGCAAGAUUAUAUACUGGAUUCAUCUUGGGCGUUUGGAGCUCAGCCUGUAACGCGGGAAUACUACUGGAUCAUUGCUGAGCACCAACUGAAUCCUGAUGGAGUUUACCGGCCCAUGACACUGAUCAACGCCACCUUCCCCGGGCCGCUCAUAGAAUGCAACGAAGGCGAUGAGAUUGUCGUCCAUGUUCGCAAUGAGGCCACAAACGCAACUUCAAUACACUGGCAUGGUCUGUACCAAAACGGAACAAACUUCAUGGAUGGAACAGUGGGAGUCACGCAGUGUCCCAUUGCCCCGGGUCAUUCUUUCACGUACCGCUUCAACGUGACCGGACAGAGUGGAACAUACUGGUAUCAUAGCCACAUGGCCAUGCAAGCCUCAGAUGGGGUCGUUGGACCCAUUGUAAUCCAUGCUAGAGAUGGUGAAAGGACAACGCUUCAAAAGGUACCGUACGAGGAGGAUAGGGUCGUGCUGGUAUCAGACCACUACUACGAUCUAUCUUCCUCGCUCUUGCAGAAGUAUCUUGAGCCAGGCAAUGAAAAUGAAGAACCGGUUCCUCAGGCGGCAGUCAUCAAUGGUCGUGGGAAACGUAACUGUUCCGACCUUCCAGACCGAAACUGUUCCUCGUCCGGCAUUUCCAAUGCUCUCUUCGACCUUUCACCGAAACACAACACCCGUCUUCGUUUCAUAAACGUGGGCGCUUUUGCCGAAUUCCAGAUUCAACUCGACGAGCACGAAGUCCAGCUCACCGAAGUAGACGGCGUCGAUGUACAUCCCCAGUCCAUCCAUCGCCUCAACAUUAACCCCGCCCAGCGCUACAGCAUCAUCGUAACUCCACCCACCGACAACAAAGGCCUAUACUGGAUGCGAGCACGCAUGGUCACCCACUGUUUCGCCUACGAAGAGCCCGAACUCCAAGAAGAAGUCCGAGCCAUCAUCCGCUAUAACGCUCAAACCCCCCUCACCUCCCCCCCGCAAAGCAAAGACUUCCCCGAAACCAUCGAACUCGAAUGCAAAGACCUCAACACCACCACUCUCACCCCGGUCCUCCCCAUCCGCGCCCCCUCCAACCCUUCGGAUACCAUCUACCUCCGCUCCAGCUUCCAAACCCACGACUGGCGCCUAAGCCGCGGCUACCUCAACGACUCAUCCUACCGCGCCAACCUCUCUCACCCCACCCUCUCGUCCUUCACAUCAGGCGUGCAGCACCGGUCCAAACCACACUUGUACUCCCUAUCGAUGCCGCACGGAAUAAAUUCGUACCUCUUUAAGCCAUCCACAUCCCUCGUCUACCAAACCAUAGGCAUCCAAACCCUCGACAUCCUCCUGCAGAACCUCGACGACGGAAACCACCCUUUCCACCUCCACGGCCACUCCUUCUUCGUCCUCGCCCAGGGUCACGGGUACCCGCCUGAACUCGAACAUCUGCGCAACUCGCUGGACCUGGCGAAUCCACUUCGUCGCGAUACCGCGAGUCUAGAGGCGUUUGGGUGGAUGUUGAUCCGGUUUGUCGCGGAUAAUCCGGGGGUGUGGGCGUUUCAUUGCCAUGUUGGAUGGCACAACGAGGCUGGGCUCGCUAUGCAGUUUCUGGAGCGGUCGGAGGUUCUGGCUCGGAGUGCGGUUCCCGCCGACGUGGAGGCGUUGUGUAGAGUCGAGGGCAGGGAAAAGGGGAAGCCGCCGGAUGAUGAGGUGUGGGUUGGGAGUUGGGAUUGA